UGGGAUUUCAAAGACAAAACAGUUUUUCUUUAAUUUAGCUUCAUUCUCAGUUAAUUUAUUAUCUCAGGAGUACAUGCAUAUGAAUACUUUUCACUGUGAGGACCCCCUGUGCAGUGUGGAUGAGUUAUGAUACCUGCAAAAUGCAUCUGCAUAUGAUAAUUGUCCUCUCUCUCCUCUUUCUUCCCUUGUUUUUGUGCGUGUGUUUGGUGAUGCAUGCAUGCCAUCUUGCCUUUUAAAGACUUGCUAGUGGACAUGUUGGGAGUGCUGGCCAGCUACAGCAUCACAGUGAAGGAACUGAAAUUGCUCUUCAGCAUGCUACGGGGGGAAGGAGGCCUCUGGCCGAAGCAUGCGGUCAAAAUGUUGUCGGUGCUGAAUCAGAUGCCCCAGAGACACGGUCCAGAUGCCUUCUUCAACUUCCCUGGUCGCAGUGCAGCAGCCAUUGCUUUACCUCCUAUUGCUAAGUGGCCUUAUCAGAACGGGUUUACAUUCAACACCUGGUUCAGGAUGGAUCCCUUAAAUAACAUCAAUGUCGACAAGGAUAAACCAUAUCUCUACUGCUUUCGGACCAGCAAGGGCAUUGGGUACUCUGCACAUUUUGUUGGUAACUGCUUGAUCGUGACGUCGCUCAAGUCUAAAGGAAAAGGUUUCCAGCACUGUGUGAAGUACGAUUUUCAGCCCAGGAAGUGGUACAUGAUCAGUAUAGUUCACAUCUACAGCCGCUGGAGGAACAGUGAAAUCAGAUGCUAUGUUAACGGACAGCUCGUUUCUUACGGAGACAUGGCAUGGCACGUCAACACAAAUGAUGUAAGUGCUCUUCUUUUUACUCCUCCUCCCUACUGGCACCUUUUCUUCCCUGGUCGUGAUGUUUUUUGGCUGAGGACUGACUGAGGCUGUCACAUCGGCGUCUCUCAUGGCUGUAAAUGGUGACGUCCGUACAUGUUCCAUAGCACUCAUUGGGCAACAUGAGUUUUACCACGUCCACAUGGAUUUCUCUCAGAUAGAUGACUGGUGUUUUAGUCUUAAUUUGAAUAUCCAUUUAACACAGAGUUGUUCUGCAGUAGAGAGUGGAAGAUGGAAUAUCAAACAUUUGGACAACAGAUUUAUGUACAGAGUGAAAAAUGAUUAAAUGUCAGCAUCAAUUGUAAAUAUGUGAACAGAAAUUGCAGAUACUGUCAGACAGAAGUAUUCUUGUUUAAAAAAUGUAUGACAUUUUAUGACGUUUGCACGUUUUUCUCCGAGCCAAAAGGAAACCUGUUGUCACACAUGGCUCACGGUGACGGAGUUAAAAAGCAAUUUGCACUCGUGGUGAUGAGAAAUAUUUCCAAAGGUGUGCUUCACACUGUAGCUGUGUAUUCAAGGAAAGAUUGUGCAAAUGACAGGUUGAGAUGUAAACGCUGUUCAUGACAUAUUCCACCACAUUAACUAAAGCUCCUUUGACUAUUGAAAUGUUCCCACGCCUGAAAAGAAAGGUGGAGGCUUAUAAAUAAAGGAUUUUAAUCUGUGAUUUUAUUCUGUGAUAUAUAUAUAUAU